CCAUUGACACAGAAUUGUUCUGUGUCAUGAUUAAAAAGUCUUUUUCUGUUUUUUGAUCAAUUUAAGUUUAGCGGUUGACUGGGAAAAAAAUAUCUGUUUUAAUUUACCUACAUAAUGAUUACAAAAGGUCAACAAGUGAUCGAUCCAGGAAUUUGCCGUUGCUGUGGCGCAACAAAAAAAUGUCGUAUAUUAAAUGUAGAAUACCAUCACCAAGGUCAGAAGGAAGUAUAUUCUGAUAUUUUCGACGAAUGCUUCAGUUUAGUGCUGUCUCACUUAGAUGGAGAUGUAUUGGACCAGUUGAUAUGCGCGAUGUGUGUCAGUCGCUUGCGAGAGGCCAACGCGUUCAGACGUCAAGUGCUUCAUUGGGAGGAGAAUUUUUUAAACAGUAGAAUAAUAAAAAAUGGUGAGGCUCCUGAAUUUUGUGUCAUUCCAUUUUUAUUAUCGCCUUGUGUAUGUCAGGUUACCACAGCCGCGGCGCUUAUCCACUACGCCACCGAGCUACUCGAUUAUGAAUAUUGUGUAUUAAUUUAUGAUCUUUCUUUAGAUGACGUAUCCGAUGAUUCGCAAAGUAUCGAAGCAAAAUUGCCCGUCAAAAAUGAGUCGGAACAUCGUGACACUGAACCUCGGUUCGAUGAUUUUAUAAGCUGCAGUAAUAAUUAUGAAACGUCCAAUUUAAAUAAAGAAGACACUGUAAUGAAAUCUAAAUCAAUAAAAAGAACAAAAACAAACAUUGUCUCUAAAAAUGAGCAUCUGCAUUCAAAGGAGCUACUGUUAAUGAAAAUUCAAAUAACGAAGGAGAGAUUGAACAGCGCACAAAAUCUAUCACAUUCUCCGAAGACCUCACAGCAGCCAAUAAAGAAAUUCGUAGACAACGACAAGCUGAAUUUCCAAAACAACGUCACAGUAAUUGAGAACUCAUUCGUCUGUCCCUUUCACACUUCCUACAGUACAUACGGCUGUGUAUAUUGUGAUAAAACAUUUUUAGACCCAUCGAAACUUCGAGAACAUACUCUGAAACACGAUCCUGUUAAAUUUAAAACGUUUAUUUAUAGAAAGGCUGUGUACCUAGACAUAGACAGGAUAGAUUGCAGACUAUGCGAUAAAAGUAUGGAUGAUUUACAAUCUCUAAAGGCUCAUUUGUCUAUGGUGCACGGGAAAAUGCUGCAUGACGUCAGAGAUAACCUACUCACGUUUAAAUUGAGAAAUGACAAAUUAUCUUGUACUGAAUGUGGACAGUCCUAUAGUUUUUUUCAUGCUCUAAAGAGGCAUAUGGCUGUACAUUCAGGUGCAUUUGUCUGUGAUGUGUGCGGUUUAAAUUUUUUUAAUAAUACAUCUCUUGACGUUCAUAAUAAGAAGCACCAUUUGGAGACAGACAAAAUCCCUUGUACGGAUUGUGGAAAGUUUUUCAAGUUGAAACAUAAUAUGUUGGCACACGUAUCAGCUGUUCAUAAGAGAGAGGCAGCGUUCCAAUGCAGCAAGUGUGAUUUAAAGUUGUAUUCGCAGAAGGAGAGAUGGAAGCAUUUAUCGAAAGUGCACGGUGAAGAGAGACAGUAUAAUUGUGGAUGUGGAAAAGUUUUUAACAGCCUAAAAACGCUUAGGGAUCAUGAUAGGAGGGUACACUUGAAGAUAUUUAACCAUCAGUGCAGUAUAUGUAAUAGGGGAUUCUCGUUGCCGUCAAGACUGAACAAACAUAUAAUGUCAGCUCAUAGAGGUGAAUGCAGUUUUCACUGUGAAUUGUGUGGUAAGAGUUAUCCGAGGCUCCAUUAUUUGAAACGCCAUCUUCAAUCUCACGGUCCUCAUGUUAGGUAG